GCAGGGACUGCUGGGCGCUGGGACACGGCUGGCACGGGCCGAGCUGCGGGGCGAGGCGGAGGUUGGCACUGCGUCGGGCCUGCCGGUGCCGCUAGUGUCAGGCUUUGCGCGGGGCGGGGGUGUGCGGCAGCUGCAGGCAGUGCGCGGGGAGCCGGCGCCCUGGGGGCUGCCCGAGGAGUGGGGCAUGGCGGUGAGCGUGGCGCUGUGGGUGCCUCGUGCCACUCUGUGGGGGCUUGGCCUCUUCCAGGGGGAGUGGGUGUGGGUGCAGGGCCCUGUGGGCACUCACCUGGCAGCUGUUGGGGCCCUGCAUCCCCCAUGGGACUAUCCCUGCCAGCAGCCAGGCAGCAGCCUGCCCAGUGGCAGUGCUGUGAUCUCUGCUGCACUCGCCUUCAACCUUGGCUACGACCCUGCCACCAGCCAGGCCCACCUCACCAUCCAGAGGUAUGGAGAAGCUCUGGAUACCGAGGAAACAAAAGGAAGCCAGUCCUUGUUAUCUGUACCACCUUUUGCCAAGGAGCUACACGUAGAGAUUAUAUCCUCACCAGCCUACAGCACCAGAGGAGUCUAUGACCAUAUUCUCUACCAGCACUUUGAAACCCCGAGGUUGGUCCAGGAGGGGGAUAUCCUGUGUGUUCCAGCUAAUGGACAUCCAGAGUUCUUAGAAGAAAACUUGGAUAAAUUUCUUAGAUGGCCAGAGCUCUACUUCAAAGUGAAGAAGAUAUUAGGAAUGGUGGAAAGAGAGCAGUCUGUGGGGUUCCUAGCUGACACCCGGAACACUUCCCUCUACCUGAUGGGUUCAACCAACAGUGCUAUCCCAUCUUACCCAUGCCGUGCUGGCCAUGAAUUUUGGAGCAGUUUGUCUCCCCCUGGGCUCUCUGAUAUUGUGAAGUGGCUCUGUGAUGCCCUGCGACCUCAUCUGCACAAUGGGGGGAUAGCACUAAAUGGAGCAGGCAGCGUUCUCCUUUCAGGACCCAGUGGUGUGGGGAAAAUGACAGCUGUCAGAGCUGCGUGUAGCUGCCUUGAUCUCCAUCUGUUCAAGGUGGACUGUGUCAGUCUCUGUGGAGACACUAGUGGAGCUACAGAGGUGAAGCUACAGUCUGCUUUUGCACAAGCUGAGCUCUAUCACCCAUGCAUCCUCCUGCUGAAGGACAUUGAAUUGCUGGGCAGAGACCGAGAUGGGGUGGGAGAGGACUCCAGAGUGAUCUCCACUCUGAGGCAUCUCCUCCUGGACAGAGACCCUGGACUAAGCAAGCCUGUCCUGGUAAUUGGCACAACAUGCAGAUCCCAGGAUGUCCCUGCAGAUGUACAGACAGCUUUUCUUCAUGAGGUGGCAAUUACAGCCCCUUCAGAAGAGCAGAGGAAGGCCAUUCUGAGCACGCUUACUGCCAGCCUGCCGCGGGGGAAAGAAGUGAGCCUGGCCAAGCUGGCACGCAGAAGUGCGGGCUUUGUGCUGGGAGAUUUCUGUGCCUUGUUGUCCCACAGCAGCCGUGCCACCUGCUCCAGGAUUCAAACCUCAAGUUUUCCAGGGGGGCUGAGUGAGGAAGAGGAGAGAGAUUUUUGUGCUGCUGGGUUCCCAGUUCUAGAGGAGGAUUUUAAUGUUGCGUUGGAUCAGUUGCAUGAUGCCCAUUCCCAUGCUGUGGGAGCCCCAAAGAUCCCUUCAGUCUUCUGGCAGGAUGUGGGUGGGCUCCAGGAGGUGAAGAAGGAGAUUCUGGACACCAUCCAGCUGCCCCUGGAACACCCUGAGUUGCUCUCAUUCGGGCUGCGCCGCUCUGGUCUCCUACUGUAUGGGCCUCCGGGGACAGGAAAGACCUUGCUGGCCAAAGCUGUGGCAACUGAGUGCACCAUGACUUUCCUCAGUGUGAAAGGACCGGAGCUAAUUAACAUGUAUGUGGGGCAGAGUGAAGAGAACGUUCGUGAAGUGUUUGCCAGAGGCAGGGCAGCUGCUCCCUGUGUUAUCUUCUUUGAUGAACUGGAUUCAUUGGCACCCAGCCGUGGGCACAGUGGGGAUUCAGGAGGUGUCAUGGAUCGAGUUGUCUCCCAGCUGCUGGCGGAACUCGAUGGCCUUCAUUCCACCCAGGAAGUAUUUGUGAUCGGAGCCACAAACAGACCUGACUUGCUGGACCCUGCACUGCUGCGGCCUGGCAGGUUUGACAAGCGGGUCUACGUGGGUGUGAAUGAAGACCGGGAAUCUCAGCUGAGAGUGUUGAUUGCCAUCACAAGAAAGUUUAAAUUGGACCCUUCAGUGAGUCUCACCAGUAUCCUAGACAAGUGCCCUGCCCAGCUGACUGGAGCAGAUCUGUAUGCGCUCUGUUCGGACGCCGUGAUGCAUGUCAUCAAACGGAAAGUGGAGUGCAUUGAAGAAGGGCUGGACACAGAGAGCUCUGAUCUUGUCCUGACCAUGGAGGACUUCCUGCAAGCUGUUGCUGGGCUGCAGCCAUCUGUUUCUGACCAGGAGCUGCUUAGAUACAAGCUGAUCCAGCAGAAGUUUGCGGCCUGCUAGCAUCUAACAGGAAAGGAAGGCAUGGAGCAUGUGGGACCACACGGCUGGCACUAAUGCAGGAGGGUCUGGGAGACCACCCAGACCCAGGACAGAACCCUUAGAAGCAGGGGAGUUGUUGUCUGUUGAUUCAUGACCGAGUAUGGUACCCAAUCAGGUUAACGGGGUAGGAUUUUUGCCAUGGAGCUGAGGCUGCUGCCAGCAUUGUGAGGGGGUGGGAGCAGCUUGGCUCUUUAACCUGCUUUCUGCUUCCAGCCUUUCCCUGCUCAGCCUUGUAAAUCUUUGCAGGCACCCUC